AUGUCUCAAUCAGGUGUCUCGGUUUCGCCGGACUGCAUCAGCAAGUUCAACGAGCUGAAGCUCAACAAGAAGCUCAAGUUCAUCAUCUACCAGCUCUCAGAUGACUACAAGGAAAUCGUCAUCGAGGAGACGAGCGAAGACGGUGACUGGGAGGUCUUCCGUAAGAAGUUAUUGAGCGCACAGUCCAAGAGCAAGACUGGGAAAAUUGGCAAGGGUCCAAGAUACGCUGUCUAUGACUUUGCCUAUGAACUGUCUAACGGCGAGGGUUCGAGAAGCAAGAUUACCUUCAUUGCGUGGUCUCCAGAUGAUGCUGGAAUCCAGCCCAAAAUGGUGUACGCCUCCUCGAAAGAUGCUCUCAAGCGCGCCUUGAAUGGAAUCGCCACCGAAUUCCAAGCAAACGACGAAGAAGAUAUCGAGUAUGAAUCCGUGCUCAAGAAGGUCAGUAAGGGAGGGGCAUAA